UGUCAAGAGGAUUAGAGAGGGAGUAUGGUGAAGGGUUUGGCAGUGAGGUGGAGUUGGGUAAGGAGCCAUCUAUAGAGGUAGGUAAAGUGUCAACACACUCAAUUGUGGAAGGAGGGAGGGUUGUAGCGGUUAUGGGCAGUGAUGGUGGGUCUAAGAGUCUAGCAGAAGGGAGAGUAUGUGGCUGGACAGAAUAUUGUUUUGAUGAGGAUGAUACAACUGGGUUCAUAGGACGUGAGUUGAACAAAGGUAUAGUGGGUAAGCUUGGUACAAGUUGUGGGGUAGAUGGGGGCGAAGGGGGAGAGGCACUCGUAAAAGGAAACACAAUUUCAUUAAAAACAACAUUGUGA